CAUCUUUCUCCUCUUCUCUGUCUACCCAACUCUUUCUUUGCUUUGGACCUUUUUUCAUUCUCAAUAUCUUUCCUACUCUUCCCAUCCGCUCAAAGUCUCAUCUCCUCUUCGUCCCCCCCCUGUUGUCGUUACGUCCUCCCCAACCCAAAAACUUCCUCGACUCUACCCGCCUUUACCCCUCCUCCGUGACUUGCAGUGCGAGCUGUAGGCCCAAUUCAUCCUGAUUAGAAAGUCUUGCUCCCGUGGCAAGACUUUCCUUUGAGAACUUUCACAAUUUCCUCCGAACUUCCCGUUCGUGACGCUGCGAAGCCUGGAAAGCGCAGAGCGUCUGUUGAUAACAAAGCUCCGCCGGAGAAGAAGAUCAUGACUGACUCCAAGAUGCAAAUCGACAACCCACAGGAAACUGUGGAGUUGAUCAAGCAGGGAGAGAUCGAUGAAUCUCUGUACAGCCGGCAACUGUAUGUCCUCGGCCAUGAAGCUAUGAAGCGUAUGGGCUCGUCGAAUGUCCUGGUUGUUGGUUUGAAGGGCCUGGGUGUUGAGAUUGCUAAGAACAUCGCUCUUGCUGGUGUCAAGUCCCUCACUCUGUACGAUCCUGCACCGGUUGCCAUCUCAGACCUCUCUUCCCAGUUUUUCCUCCAGCCCCAAGAUGUCGGCAAGCCUCGUGCCGAGGUGACAGCGCCGAGAGUUGCGGAAUUGAACUCCUAUGUCCCGGUCACAGUUCAUGAAGGCGCCAGCCUAGUUAACGACCUGGAACAGCUGAAACGCUACCAAGCGAUUGUCCUUACCCUGACCCCACUGAAAGAACAGCUCGCCAUCGCCGACUUCUGUCACAAGAACGGUAUCUACCUCACUAUCACGGAUACUUUCGGUCUUUUCGGUUAUCUGUUCAACGACUUCGGAAAGAACUUCACGGUCGGCGAUGCUACGGGCGAGGAGCCACUUAGCGGAAUUGUGGCCAGUAUCGAUGAGGAAGGCUUGGUAUCGGCGUUGGAUGAGACCCGACACGGCUUGGAAGAUGGUGAUUUCGUGACUUUCUCAGAAGUCAAAGGAAUGGAGGGCCUGAACGGGUGUGCUCCUCGCAAGGUCACCGUCAAGGGCCCCUAUACUUUCUCCAUCGGAGACGUGUCUGAAUUCGGAACAUACGAAGCUGGUGGUAUUUAUACUCAGGUCAAGAUGCCAAAGUUCAUGGACUUCGCACCGCUCGAGGAACAGCUCAAGAAGCCCGAAGUUAUGGUGUCGGAUUUCGCGAAGUUCGAUCGCCCGCUGCAGCUCCACGUUGGAGUGCAAGCAUUACACAAGUUUGCAGAAGGUCAUGGCGGUGAACUUCCUCGUCCUCACAACGACAGUGAUGCUCAAGAGGUGCUGAAAAUUGCCAACGACUUAUCGUCUAAUCUGGAGGAGAAGGUGGAGUUGGACGAGAAGCUCCUCAAGGAGCUCAGCUACCAAGCCCGCGGUGACUUGAACCCGCUGGCCGCACUCUUCGGAGGUCUCGCCGCGCAGGAGGUGUUGAAGGCUGUCUCCGGCAAAUUCAACCCUGUCUAUCAGUGGCUGUACUUUGACUCACUGGAGUCUCUUCCGACUUCCGUCACGCGCUCUGAAGAGGCCUGCAAGCCCCUGGGCACUCGCUACGACGGCCAGAUUGCCGUUUUUGGCAAGGAGUUUCAGGAAAAGAUCUCCAACGUCACUCAGUUCCUGGUUGGUUCUGGUGCCAUUGGCUGCGAGACCCUGAAGAACUGGGCCAUGAUGGGCCUGGGAACCGGUCCCAAGGGAAAGAUCUACGUCACGGACAUGGACCAGAUCGAGAAGAGCAACCUCAACCGGCAAUUCUUGUUCCGCUCCAGAGACGUCGGCAAGCUCAAGAGUGAAUGUGCCUCUGCCGCUGUGGAGGCAAUGAACCCCGAGCUCAAGGGUAAGAUUGUCACUCUUCGCGAUCGCGUAGGCUCUGAUACCGAGCACAUCUUCAACGAAGAGUUCUGGGAGCGCUUGGACGGUGUCACCAAUGCUCUGGACAAUGUUGACGCGAGAACUUAUGUCGAUCGCCGAUGUGUCUUCUUCAGAAAGCCAUUGCUCGAAAGCGGCACUCUAGGUACCAAGGGCAACACUCAAGUCGUGCUUCCUCGUAUCACCGAGUCCUAUUCAAGCUCCCAGGACCCCCCCGAGAAGACCUUCCCCAUGUGUACCCUGAAAAGUUUCCCCAACCGCAUUGAGCACACUAUUGCUUGGGCUCGGGACCUCUUCCAGACGUACUUUGUUGGUCCUCCGGAAGCUGUCAACAUGUAUCUGUCGCAGCCCAACUACAUUGAGCAAACUCUCAAGCAGGCUGGCAACGAGAAGCAGACUCUGGAGCAUUUGCGUGAUUUCCUGGUGACGGAUAAGCCGUUGACCUUCGAUGACUGCAUCGUCUGGGCCCGCCAGCAAUUCGAGGCUCAGUACAACAACGCCAUCCAGCAGCUCCUAUAUAACUUCCCCAAGGAUUCCAAGACCUCUACUGGGCAACCGUUCUGGUCUGGACCCAAGCGGGCUCCUACUCCCCUCAAGUUCGACAGCACCAACCCCACUCAUCUUUCUUUCGUCAUUGCUGGAGCCAACCUUCAUGCCUUCAACUACGGCAUCAAGAACCCCGGUGCAGACAAGGGCUACUACAAGAAGAUUGUUGAUAACAUGAUUAUUCCUGAGUUCACACCCAAGUCCGGCGUCAAAAUCCAGGCUAACGAGAACGACCCGGACCCGGAUGCUCCUGCAUCUGGCUCUUCUUUCGAUGAUGGGCAAGAAAUCAAAAAGCUCGUUGACUCGCUUCCAUCUCCCAAGACUCUCGCUGGCUUCCGCCUGAACCCAGUCGAGUUUGAGAAGGACGACGACACCAACCACCACAUUGACUUCAUCACUGCGGCUAGUAACCUGCGCGCCGACAACUACGAGAUCCCCCAGGCCGACCGUCACAAGACGAAGUUCAUUGCUGGCAAGAUCAUUCCUGCUAUUGCCACAACUACCGCCCUGGUGACCGGAUUGGUUGCCCUUGAAUUGUACAAGAUUAUCGACGGUAAGGACGACAUUGAACAGUACAAGAACGGCUUCGUCAAUCUGGCGCUGCCCUUCCUUGGAUUCAGUGAACCCAUUGCCAGUCCGAAGGGCAAGUACCAGGGCAAGCAGGGUGAGGUCGUGAUUGACCAGAUUUGGGACCGCUUUGAGUUGGAUGAUAUUCCGCUCCAGGACUUCAUCAAGCAUUUCUCCGAACUGGGUCUGGAGAUCAGUAUGGUUAGCUCUGGUGUUAGUCUUCUGUACGCCAGCUUCUACCCGCCGUCCAAGCUUAAGGACCGUCUUCCUCUGAAGAUGAGUAAGUUGGUUGAGCACAUUAGCAAGAAGCCUGUUCCGGAGCACCAGAAGAACAUCAUUUUCGAGGUGACGGCGGAAGAUACGACUGAGGAGGAUGUUGAGAUUCCACAAACGUUAUUUAACUUGGGUGUUUGUGCUGAGCUAAAUGUUUGUCAUGGGAGGAAAAGACAAAGACGGAUGACUGGCGCAUCAACCAACAAGAUCACCGAUUGGGUCAAUCCCGCUGACAAGUCCGGCGAAUUCAAGCGUCAAACGUCGGCGUUCCGCAACUUCAUCUCCAGCAAGCCCGGUGCUGAAUUCCCUCCCGAGAAGGGCCGCUAUCACCUUUACGUCUCAUACGCCUGUCCCUGGGCCCACCGCACCUUGAUCACCCGCAAGCUCAAGGGUCUCGAGGACUUCAUCUCCUUCACUUCCGUGCACUGGCACCUGGGCGAGAAAGGAUGGCGCUUCGCCACCGCGGAGGAGCAAGAGCCCUCGCAGAACGUCACCUCGGACCCCAACCACCCGGAAUUUACGCACCUGCGCGAGAUCUACUUCGCCGAAGACCCCGACUACAGCGCGCGCUUCACCGUUCCGGUCCUGUAUGACAAGAAGACCAAGCGCAUCGUGAGCAACGAGAGCGCCGAAAUCAUCCGCAUGCUCUACCACGAAUUCGAUCCCCUGCUCCCCGAACACCACCGCAGCAUCGACCCCUACCCGACGGACCUGCAAUCCGCGAUCGACACCUCCAACGACUGGAUCUAUAACGAUGUCAACAACGGCGUCUACAAGUCCGGCUUCGCCACGACCCAGGAAGCGUACGAGAAGGCCGUGACGCAGCUCUUCGCCUCGCUGGACCGGAUCGAGGAGCACCUGACGACCCAGACCAAGAAGGGGCCGUAUUUCUUCGGCGACCGCAUCACCGAGGCCGACAUCCGGCUGUUCACGACCAUCGUGCGCUUCGACCCCGUCUACGUGCAGCACUUCAAGUGCAACAUCCGCGACAUCCGGUCCGGGUACCCCGCCAUCCACCGGUGGUUGCGCACGCUCUACUGGGAGGUGCCUGCGUUCCGCGACACGACCAACUUCGAGCAUAUCAAGAAGCACUAUACCAAGAGCCAUAAGCAGAUCAACCCCUUCGGGAUCACGCCGGUGGGGCCGGUGCCGGAUGUGUUGCCGUUGGAGGAGGAGGUGCGGGCUGUUGUUUAGGGUUUUAGUGGGAAAGGGUCCAUGGGGGCGAGGGAAGGGAAUGUUGAUUAAAAAUGUCGGUGGUGGACGUCCAGGCGGUAUUGUUAUUUGGACCGCAUUGAGACAGUUGCUAAG